AUGGCUGAAUAUUGUAUACGCCAUCGGAAACGGAUCUUACAUCGUUCGUAUACUCUUAAUCCAAAUACAAGUAGUGACAUAAAAAAUUAUUCUUAUUCUGUCUUUAAUAACAAUAAUAAUGAAUUACAACAACAACGAAUGGCUUAUGCUCGUAAAAAAGCUGAUACUUUAUCCUGUAGUAUUUGUGACGGACCAGCACACGGUUAUAAUUUUGAUGUCAUCACAUGUGAAUCUUGUAAAGCAUUUUUUCGACGAAAUGCAUUAAAAGCUAACGGAGAAUUCAAAUGUCGAAUGAAUAAUGGUCGAUGUAUAAUAACAGUUUCAACAAGAAAACGAUGUAAAGCCUGUCGAUUAGCAAAAUGUUUAGAGCAAGGUAUGAGAGCUGAUUGGAUAUUAACUGAUGAAGAACGUGUAAACAAACGAAAAAAAAUCGAAGAAAAUCGUCGUCUUCGUCAAAUACUUUAUCCGGAUUCAUCCGAGACUGAUGAAGGACAAAUUAUAAAACCAAAAGAUGAACCAUAUGAUGAUGAUGAUGAUGAUGAAGAAGAUCGUAAUAAUGAUAUUAUUACAGCAUCAUUUAUAAAACCAGCAACAUCAUUAUUAUCAUCGGAAGAUUUAAUUAAAAUUCAACAAAUUCAACAAGCAUAUACUGAUUCUGUCCGUUUAAUAUCAUUACCACCUGAAAUUCCAUCAUAUCCACAAGCAGUACAAAUAACUCAAACAUCAGAUAUGAUUAAUUUUCCAACAAACAUGCAAGCAACUCGACUUAUAACUUAUUUUAAACUUUUACCUGAAUUUUCAUCUUUAAAUGAACAUGAUAAAUUAAUUUUAAUUAAAUAUAAUACGUUUCCACUAGUAUUUAUUCGUGCAGCAUUAAACUAUGAUACAUUAACCGAUAGUUAUCAUGAACCUAAUACAGAUGAUUGUAUUUUUGCAGGCAGUGAUUUAAUUCAAUGUUUUAGUUUACAUCAAUAUGAACGAACAACACAAUGUAUACAAAAUUUAGUCACUGCUUCCUUAAAUGAUCGAUUUUUAUUAGAAGCAUUAUUAAUUAUUAUGUUAUUUUCCAAAGGUUCAUCAAUAUGCACAUAUACAGAUGAAGUAGAACCAAUAGCACAAGAUAUUUUAACAAUAUAUAAGAUACAAAAUAUAUUUAUUGAUUUAUUAUGGAAAUAUUGUGAAAAAAAAUUUGGAUUUUCUAAGGCAAUACAAAUUUGGUUAAAACUUACAGUGGCAUCAUUGGAUGUACAUUUACAAGCAUAUAAGACACGGCAUGAUUACGUUAAAACUGAGUCUGUUGUUGAUCAACUUUCGCCAUUGAUGAAAUCAGUUAUGUUAAUUCUUUAG